AUGCCACUGCCCGACUGUUUUUCGACGAGGCCUAUCUCGGUCCCUUCAUCUGGGACAUCAACCGUUUAUUGGGUUCAAUCACCCUGGUCGGGUACGCGAAAGCUCAGCGACAAGCAAAUCACGCGACUCGUGAGGGCGUACGCUGCAGCGUACCGCGAGCGGAUUCAUACCCUGGCCACCACCACAAACCAAGAUGAGGUACCACGCUUUACCCUAGACACCGCCAAGGAUCCGUUGCUGAAUGCAUUACGCACAGCCUGUACGCAAACCCUUGUCGAUUUGCUCAGCUCAAUGACGGAAAUGCAUGAUGUUUCAUCUCGGGCAGUGGAACUAUUGAGCUGGACUCUGGCACACAAGAGGAAGCCGCAGGACCGCGCCACCCUGUACCGCCUCAAGGACGUGGUGGGCCGUCGGGAUGUGGGUAUUGGCUCUGCAGGCCUCCCAUCAUACAGCAUCCUGCUAGAAGACAGAUCCGCGGCUGCAGCGGUUUCCCGUCACGUUACAAACAGCGCAGCACGUCCAUACUUCUAUCACGAGGGCCACCGUACUGUCAUCUCGCAACGCGCUUUGCAGACGUACGCGGACGCAUAG